CUUCGUAAUUCUUUUGUAGAUUCAAGACAGUAGACACGACAACGACAACGACAACACAACAGAUUGUUGUAUUUAUUUGGUUGUAUUUAUUACUCUAAAGUUACGUUUAACUAAACAAUUAUAUUAUUAUUAAGUAUACUGCGAGCAAAUCGUGAUUCAUGAAAGUCUAAAUAUAUUUUAACAUUGUUGUCAUUAUGUUCCGAAACAGUUUUCUUCAUUUUUAAUACUUAUUACAUGACAGAUUUGUAGAUUUAAUCGAGAAGACACAAUGAUUACCAAGUUCGUUUUGGUAUAUUUCGCUUUAAGUAUAGUUAACACUGUCAAUGCGGAUGAGUUCAAGUGCCAAACAUUUGCCGACGGGUCGGUCUAUCCAUCCAGUACUAUUGAAUCCACCAAUCACAAAUUGCAGUACACCAAAGCAUUGAUAUCAAAACCAGCACCUGAUUGGAAGAGCACAGCUGUAAUUAAUGGUUCAUUACAGGAGCUGAAGCUAAAAGAUUUCCGUGGGAAGUAUUUAGUGUUUUUUUUUUAUCCAUUGGACUUUACAUUUGUUUGUCCAACAGAAAUAUUAGCUUUCAAUGACCGAAUUGAGGAAUUUAGAAGGAUUGAUACAGAAGUUGUGGCGGCAUCAGUGGACUCACAUUUUACACAUUUAGCUUGGGUGAAUACUCCACGAAAAGAUGGUGGUUUAGGCAACUUGUCAAUUCCUCUGUUGUCAGACAUGACUCAUAAAAUAUCUAAAGACUAUGGUGUUUAUUUAAGCGACGUUGGUCAUUCCUUAAGGGGACUGUUUAUUAUAGACAAUAGAGGAAUUCUGAGACAAAUAACAAUGAAUGACUUGCCAGUCGGUCGGAGUGUAGAUGAAACUUUACGGUUAGUACAAGCAUUUCAAUAUACAGACAUGCACGGAGAAGUAUGUCCAGCUAAUUGGAAACCUGGGGAACAAACGAUAAUUCCUGAUCCUAUUAAGAAGAAACAAUAUUUUGAUAGACUGAUUGAAUUAUAAUACACCUGUGGUGAUCUCAUAAUUAUUGCCAAUACAAAAUUAUUUAUAACCCAUUAAGCAUCACAAAGACACAAACAUAAAUAUUAAAUGAUAUUUUUUUUAUUUCAA